CACAGCAAGUGGCGCAAAUUUUUCCACACCAGAAGCUUAAUAUAACGGUUCAUAUAGAAGAAAUCUGCAAGAUGCCCGAGAAAGCUGACCAGCCCAUGAUGGAGGAGGAGGCAGAGACUUUUGCCUUUCAGGCUGAAAUUGCUCAGCUCAUGUCUCUGAUUAUCAACACUUUCUACUCCAACAAAGAAAUCUUCCUCAGAGAGCUCAUUUCAAACUCAUCAGAUGCUCUGGACAAAAUCAGAUAUGAAAGCUUAACAGAUCCAAGCAAACUUGAGUCCUGCAAGGAUCUGAAGAUCGACAUUAUUCCUGACCAGAAAGAACGCACCUUGACCCUUAUCGACACAGGCAUCGGCAUGACCAAGGCAGACCUCAUCAACAACCUGGGUACUAUUGCCAAGUCUGGAACCAAGGCGUUCAUGGAGGCUCUGCAGGCUGGAGCUGAUAUCUCUAUGAUUGGCCAGUUUGGUGUAGGUUUCUACUCUGCCUACCUGGUAGCUGAGAAAGUUACUGUCAUCACCAAACACAAUGAUGAUGAACAGUAUGUCUGGGAGUCUGCAGCUGGGGGUUCCUUUACAGUGAAACCUGAUUCAGGUGAACCUAUUGGCCGUGGUACAAAGGUGAUACUUCACCUGAAAGAAGACCAGUCUGAAUAUACUGAAGAGAAGCGCAUCAAGGAGGUUGUUAAAAAGCACUCUCAGUUCAUUGGCUACCCCAUCACUCUAUUUGUUGAGAAGCAAAGAGAAAAGGAAGUUGACCUUGAAGAAGGUGAGAAAGAAGAAGAAGCUGCACCUGUUGAAGACAAGGACAAGCCUAAGAUUGAGGAUGUAGGCUCUGAUGAGGAUGAGGACAGCAAAGAUGGCAACAAUAAGAGAAAGAAGAAGAUCAAGGAGAAGUACAUUGAUGCCCAAGAGCUGAACAAAACGAAGCCUAUCUGGACCCGUAAUGAUGACAUCACCAAUGAAGAAUAUGGUGAAUUCUACAAAAGCCUUACCAAUGACUGGGAGGACCACCUUGCAGUCAAGCACUUUUCAGUAGAGGGCCAGCUGGAAUUCCGUGCUUUGCUUUUUGUCCCAAGAAGGGCAGCUUUUGACCUCUUUGAAAACAAGAAAAAGAGAAACAACAUCAAGCUCUAUGUGCGCAGAGUCUUUAUCAUGGAUAACUGUGAAGAGCUAAUGCCUGAAUAUCUUAAUUUCAUGAAGGGUGUAGUAGACUCUGAGGAUCUGCCCCUGAACAUCUCCAGAGAAAUGCUGCAACAGAGCAAAAUCUUGAAAGUCAUCCGAAAGAACCUGGUCAAAAAGUGCCUUGAGCUCUUCACUGAACUCUUUGAGGACAAGGAGAACUACAAGAAGUUCUACGAGCAGUUCUCUAAAAACAUCAAGCUUGGUAUCCAUGAAGAUUCCCAGAACCGCAAAAAACUCUCUGAGCUUUUGCGCUACUAUACCUCCAGCUCUGCAGAUGAGAUGGUCUCUCUCAAGGACUAUGUGUCUCGCAUGAAGGACAACCAGAAGCACAUUUACUAUAUAACUGGUGAGACAAAGGAACAGGUGGCCAACUCUGCCUUUGUGGAGCGCCUACGGAAAGCUGGCCUGGAGGUGAUCUACAUGAUCGAGCCCAUUGAUGAGUACUGUGUUCAGCAGCUGAAAGAAUAUGAUGGCAAAAACCUGGUGUCAGUUACCAAGGAGGGCCUGGAGCUCCCUGAGGAUGAAGAGGAGAAGAAGAAGCAGGAAGAGCUUAAAGCCAAAUUUGAAAAUCUUUGCAAGAUCAUGAAGGACAUUCUUGAUAAGAAGAUUGAGAAGGUUGUUGUGUCCAACCGCCUGGUUGCAUCACCAUGCUGUAUUGUCACAAGCACAUACGGCUGGACGGCCAACAUGGAAAGGAUCAUGAAGUCUCAAGCUCUUAGAGACAAUUCCACCAUGGGCUACAUGACAGCAAAAAAGCACCUGGAGGUCAAUCCCCUCCAUCCCAUUGUUGAGACCCUUCGAGAGAAGGCAGAGGCUGACAAAAAUGACAAAGCUGUGAAAGACCUUGUGAUUUUACUCUUCGAGACUGCACUGCUGUCUUCUGGAUUCACCCUGGAGGACCCACAGACACACGCUAACCGCAUCUAUAGGAUGAUCAAGCUUGGUCUUGGCAUCGAUGUUGAUGAUUCAGCUGUGGAGGAUAUUCUUCAGCCCAGUGAGGAGGACAUGCCUGUUCUGGAGGGAGAUGAUGACACUUCUAGAAUGGAGGAAGUUGACUAAAAUUUUAAGCACAUAUUGUACAGAAGUUUAUGGCCAUUAAGCUAAUUAUUUUGUAGCUGCAUGUCUAUUUAUUUUCUAUUUUAAGUUUUAUUUUAAUUUUUAAUUAGUUGUGAACAUGUUUUGUACACUAGAAAGGAGACUUCUGGUGUUUUAACUGUAUUUUUUAAACAAAACUGUGAGUUAAUAUUUUUAAUAAAAGACUAUUUAAAACAUUUUAAAA